AUGAGUCCGAGUUUUUGUCAGACUCCAGUUUCGAACGAAGGCGGGCGUUUGCAGGCUUUGAAUUUUGCAUGUUUAUUUGAAAGGUCAAAAACUGGUGAUGUAUAUGUAGACAUGAUGCAUUCGACUUCCAGCCAAUGGCUUCAACCAUUGUCACACAGCCCCACUACUCGUUUCCCAGCAUCUGGUCUGCCUUUCAAUCAUUUGCAUCAAAAUUUACCCACCCAGUCUAGUCCAAGUGUUAUGUUAGCAUCUCAGAUCACUUCAUCUGAACCACUAUUUCCUUUGUCAAAUACAUUCAGUGUUGAUACGCAACCUGGGACUUUUCUAGCAGAUAUAAAUUCAGAACCUCAACCUCUUGGUCCAUUGGGUACUAACUAUUACGGUUUCAGUCAUGAUCUAUCAAGUGGUGUUGAUUCUUCCCCAGCUAACCUGUGGUACAAUCCUUCUACUCCAACUGGCCCAAUGACGGGGUCAUUACAGAGGGAAUGCAAUAUAAAUGUCGAUUGCUCAAGUGGUCUAGGGCGUAAUGAUGACCCGGUGCAAUUGAUUCCCGCGUGCACCUCAGCUACAGCAAAAAUACUCACUUCACAGCUUUACGAUUCUAUGCUUGGUGGUAUCAAAGAUCCAAACAGUUCAACUGUCAGUGAAAAUGAUAUUUGUUCUCGGUUAUCAUCGACUCAUACAACUCCAUCAUCAAAUUUAUUAACUGGUGGGAAUUACAAUUGUCCACCGAUAACUACACCUCUGUCAUCAUCAUCAUCAUCAAUGUCAUUAUCUUCACGGAAUAGAUCAAACAUAGAAUCGAUCGUUCGAACUGAUCAUAUUCAUGACAAUCGUGAUCCUUGUAUUUACACAAAUUUAAAUGUUGUUCCUGUUGGUGGAAAUAAUACAUCAUGUAUGUCAGCUUUAUGCAGUAGUGGUGCUGGAAAUGAUGAUAUUGAUUCACGUCGUAUAAUUAAAUCAAGUAUUAUCCCGACUGGUAUUGAUGAACCCAAUAAACGUGAAAUAAAAUCUCUUCAUUUCCAAUCAAAUAAUCCAUUGAUUGCAUCUUCGGGAAUUUUUGAUUCUUAUUAUGGAAUUGAUUCUGUGUGUGAUGGAAAUACAAUUCCAAGCGGUUGGUCAAAUACAACUAAUGUCAUUAAUCCAGGUUGCGUAGUAGCAGGUUCUGUUCAUACAUCAAAUUUUCCUUCACAUAUUUCCAAUGAUAAUAAUAAUAGUAGUGCCUGUCAGUUGACGUCUGAAUUGACUUCUGUUCCCGCCUAUCCCAAUUCUAAUCCCUCUAUCCAUCCUGAAUCUACUCAUCCGACACAUGUAAAUAUGGGAAUGAAUUAUUCUGGGGUCGGUGGAGUUGGUGGUAAUAUGUAUGCAUCGACUACAUUACAACCUUGUCCAUUGGUUGGUUUAUCUGAUUCUUCCAUUCAACACCCAUGCAAUAUACCUCAACCUGUUCAUCCUUUAGAUCCUAAUCCUCCAUAUUCUUCCAUUGGGGAAUAUACAAUUCAUCGUCAAUCUUCUGAUAUAACCCCACCAUCUGGUCUAUUACCUUCAGUUGUCUAUGAACAACACUCACUUGCAAAUCUCAAUACACAUAAUACAACUUCAAAUAAUAAUAAUAGUAAUAAUAGUACUACUACUAAUAAUAAUAACAACAAUUAUCAAAGUGAUAUGAUGAGUUGUAGCCGUGAGGCACUGAUAGCAUUAGCAGGAUCUGGCGCAGAUGAAAUGAAUUUCACAACUCGUUCAUCUAAUAUAAGUUUAACACAUUCCUCUACACCAACCUUAUCUGCUAGUAAUUCUACAUCUCAUGGCGGUGGUCGUGGAACAAGAGGUGGUCGUGUUGCUGGACACAAGCGUCGAUCAUCAUCUGUUAAUCCUUCCAAUUCUCUUAAUUUAGAAUCAAAUGGAAAUUCCAUCGAAGCUAACACUAGCGAUAUGACUUUGGGGCUGUCGAAUGCUUGCCCAUUAUCCUCUAAUACUGGUAUGAGCUCAGAAUGUUCAUCUCUUUUCGGUGAUUUUGACAGCAGUAGAAAUUUCGGACAUGGUCGUACGCCAAGUGUAUGUGGUACUGACUCUGAAGAAACUAUUGACCCAGAUGAAACACCUGAGCAAAGAGCUGAAAGAGAACGUAGUCGUAGGCAGGCGAAUAAUGCACGAGAGCGUAUUCGAGUUCGUGACAUCAAUGAUGCAUUCAAAGAGCUUGGACGCAUGUGCAUGAUGCAUUUAAAUAAUGAACGACCACAAACCAAACUUACAAUUUUACAACAAGCUGUUUCAUUAAUCACCAGUUUGGAACAACAAGUUCGUGAACGUAAUUUAAAUCCUAAACAAGCUUGUUUAAAACGUCGUGAAGAGGAAAAAAGUGGUGAAGCACCACAUUUCAGUGGUAGCACUGGAGGUGGCUGUGGUAGCAGUAGUAGUAGUAGUAAUAAUACACAUAUCAAUUCAAUUGGAAGCGCCAUAAAUCGUUUGUGUAAUACUAAUUCAGUGAAUUAUUCUACUCCUGUUGUAACAUCGUCAUCACAAAAUCCAUCAAGUCAUAUAUUGGAUUAUGAUCCACGUCUAUCUCAUAUUACACAUGGAACUGCUGUCUAUGGCGAAAAUUUGCCAAUAGUUAAUAGUCGUAAUGAUUAUGCAUCAUCGAGUACUGGAUCUGCUGGAGAUGUUUGUACUCCUGGUUAUUUACAUUCUGAAGUUCAACAAUGCCCAUCGGAACCGUAUACCCAUAUUACAUCACAACAACAACAACCACAUCAUUUGUCGAUAGUUAAUAAUAGUUUCACAAAAAAUGCUACUAAUAAUAAGUCUUCAGAUAAUUGGCAUUCUGGUUCCAUAAUACAAUCAGUUCAAUCCACACAUUCAUUAAAUAAUAAUUCACAAAGAUUUGGAACUAUUGGUAUGACAAGUCAUAAUUCAGGUGAAGAAUACGAUGAUGAUGAAGAUGAGGAUGAUGAAGACGAUGUUGAAAGCAGUGAAGAUGAAACUAAACCUUCAAUAGUACGUUCUAUUUUAAAACCUGA